CGGGGGAGCGCGUGAGGAGUGAGAUAGAGAGAGAGGCAGUGAACAGGGAGAGAGAGAAAAGAGAAAACCGUGGACCACAGGCUGCUGCGGCGGGGAACGAGUGCACUGCUGCCCAGAGACGGUCCCUAACUGGGAGACAAAAACCCAACUCACCUAUUUCCAUACCGACAGCUUCAGAAAAGCGAGAAUAUAUCUCGCUGUCUGCAUUAGAAGAUACGUGGUGUGGAUGCCCAUCUUUACUGCCAGAUUGGGCUGAUCGUGGAGAGAGGAGGAACCUUGUGUUGACCCAAGGGGAGGCUUUAGAACGUGACACGUCGGACCAUGGCCAGGGACAGGAAGAGGAAGUGGGCGUUAAUCAGUGGAGCUGUGCUACUGGUGCUGCUCGGUCACCUGACCUCAGCGCUAGAGGUCCCUCUUGACCUGCCUCAGCCCCCCACCAUCACCGAACAGUCCCCCAAGGAUUACAUCAUCGACCCCAGGGAGAACAUUGUCAUCCACUGUGAGGCAAAGGGCAAGCCGCACCCCAGCUUCUCCUGGACGAGAAACGGGACCCACUUCGAUGUGGAGAAGGACUCCAAGGUUCUGAUGAAGCCCAGCUCGGGAACGCUGGUCAUCGACAUCAGCGGCGACAAGGCUGAGGCCUACGAGGGCGUGUACCAGUGCACCGCCCGCAACGUGCAUGGCACCGCCCUGUCAAACAACAUUGUCAUCCGCCAGCCCAGGUCCCCCUUGUGGUCGAAGGAGAGGAACGAGGCCAUCGUAGUGCAGGUGGGCGGCUCCCUGGUGCUGCAGUGUCGCCCCCCCGCAGGCCUGCCUCCCCCGAAUAUCUUCUGGAUGGACAACCACUUCCGGAGGCUGUCGCAGGAUGCCCGUGUGUCCCAGGCUAUAAACGGAGACCUGUACUUCUCCAACAUCCUCCCGGAGGACACGAGGAGCGACUACAUCUGCUACGCUCGCUUCCCCCACACCCGGACCAUCCAGCAGAAGCAGCCCAUCAACGUCAAAGUCAUAGACGACGGUCCGACGGGAGAGCGCAGGCCCACUUUCAUGACUCCUACUGGACCCAGCAGCACCAAGAUGGUUCUGAGAGGAGAGACCUUGGAGCUGGAGUGUAUCGCUGAGGGCCUGCCGACUCCAGAAAUGUCUUGGGGGAAGGAUAAUGGAGAUCUGCCAAGCGACAGGAUGUCCCUUCACAACUUCCAGAAGACAUUGCACAUUGUGGAGGUGACAGAGGCAGACGCGGGAGACUACCGCUGCUCUGCCCAGAACAGCCUCGGCAACGCCCACCACAUCAUCAAGGUCGUUGUCAAAGCCUCCCCUUUCUGGAUCAGUACCCCCACGGACUUGAUCCUGGCACCGAAGGAGACUGGCAUCCUGACCUGCCGUGCGGGCGGAGACCCCAAGCCCCAGCUCAGCUGGUCUGUCAACGGGGUGCCCAUAGCGAACUCUCCCAAGGACCUGCGCAGGAAGGUGGAGGACGACACAGUGAUCCUGAGCGAUGUCCAGACAGGCUCCAGCGCCGUCUACCAGUGCAAUGUCUCCAACCAGUUUGGAUACCUGCUGGCCAACAUCUUGGUCAAUGUUCUGGCCGAGCCACCUCGGGUCCUGACUCCUCCUAACAACCUGUACCAGGUGAUCACCAACAGCCGCGCCCUGCUGGACUGCGCCUCCUUCGGCUCACCCAUACCCACCAUCACAUGGUUCAAGGACAGCCAGACCAGUAUUCUAAACGACAUCCAUGAGAACGGGACCUUGGAGAUCCACGGCGCUCAGCCGCUAAACAGCGGCAAGUACACCUGCAUCGCCUCCAACAACCUGGGCACCAAGGAGAACCACGUCUACCUGGAGGUCAAAGAGCCGACACGGAUCCUGAGGCAGCCUGAAUACAAGGUGGUGGAGAGGAACAGGGUGGCUGUGUUUGAGUGUAAGGUGAAACACGACCCCACCCUGGUGCCCACCAUGAUCUGGCUCAAGGACAACGCAGAGCUGCCAGCUGACGAGAGGUUUGUGCUGGAUGUGGACACUCUGACCAUCAGAGAUGUGAUUGAGGAGGACGAGGGCACCUACACCUGCAUCAGGAACACCUCCCUGGACCAGGACUCUGCUAGCGCCAUGCUAACCGUCAUUGAGGCCACACCCCCUCCACCUAUCGUCUACGAGCAACCGGAUCCGCCGUCCGACCUGGAGCUGACAGAGCAGAGAGACCGCAGUGUUCAGCUGACUUGGACGCCCGGAGAUGAACACAACAGCCCCACUCAGAAGUUCCUGAUCCAGUACGAGGAUCUUCUCCAUGAGCCGGGCGUUUGGACCAACCUUUCUGAGGUGGACGGUGGCAGGACCACAGCCCAGCUGGAUCUCUCCCCCUACGCCUGGUACUCCUUCAGGGUGCUGGCCCAAAACGCUGUGGGCUACAGCCUGCCCAGCCAGCCCUCUCGUCAGUACAGGACCAACCCUGCAGCUCCAGAGGUUAACCCAUCAGACGUCCAGGGUGUGGGGACUGAACAUGACAACCUGGUCAUCUCCUGGAAGAAGCUGCAAGGCCUGCAGGCUAACGGGCCGGGCCUGAUGUACAAGGUCCAGUGGAGGCAGCAGGGUGUUGACCAAGAAUGGGCCUCUGAGACUGUUCAUAACGUGUCCCAGUUUGUGGUGUCGGGCACGCCCACGUUUGUUCCCUACGAGGUCAGAGUUCAAGCGGUGAACGACAACGGAGACGCCCCGGAACCCGCGGUGGUUCUGGGACAUUCCGGAGAGGACUUGCCUCUGACAGCACCAGAGAGUGUGCAGGUGCAGGCCCAGAACGGCACCCUGGCGGAGGUCCACUGGAAGCCCGUAACCCCCAUCUCUGUGAGGGGGCGACUGCAGGGAUACAAGGUGUACUACUGGCGGGAGCGGAGCCUGCAUGGGGAGCAGGAGGGAGUGGGCAAGCAGCAGCAGGUGUUGACGUUCAGUGGGAACCGGAGCGAGGGCCAUCUGCCGGGCCUGCAACCCUACAGCGUCUACGGCCUCUCCAUCAGGGUGCUCAACGGGAAGGGGGAGGGGCCCGCCAGCACCAAUCAGACCUUUGAAACCCCAGAGGGAGUCCCUGGGCCUCCCUCCUACCUGAAGAUCACCAACCCUAACGUGGACUCUCUAACGCUGGAGUGGGGUCCUCCUCAGGACAACAAUGGCCGCCUCACCGGUUACACGCUCAAGUACCAGCCAGUUAACAACACAAAUGAGUUGGGUCCAGUGGAGGAGUUGGUGUUCUUAGCCAAUGAGACGUCCACCACGCUGUCGAACCUGAAGUACAGCACACGUUACAAGUUCUUCUUCACCGCUAAGACCAUCAAGGGUUCUGGCCCUUCCAUCAGUGAGGAGACUGUCAUCAUGGACGAAGCCUUAAUCCAGCAGCCCUCAUUAGGUGGGGGUAAAGAUCUCACAGAGCCCCCCCACCCAACCUCCCCCAUCACUCAGCCUUCACUUUCCCCGAUACACAAGGUGCCACCGAAAGGCCCAACAUUCAGCAGCGUUAACACGACAGUCACGGAGGACGGAGCAGGCGUCAGUUGGGAAUACUCUGGAGCAGAAAAGAAUGUGUUUGUGGAAUAUAUAGUAGAGAACAGUAAAGAAGAGUGGAGGAAGGAGUUUGUUAAUGGCUCCCAGAGCUAUCUGAUUAAGGGUUUAAAGCCUGGGACCUCAUAUAGAGUGCGGGUGGUAGCUAGAGACCAGUCUGGGGCCAGCAUUCAUAGCACUGAGGAGCACAGGAUAACGGUACCAGCCAUAGCCAGCAGACAGGUAGACAUUGCGACCCAGGGCUGGUUUAUCGGCCUGAUGUGUGCCAUCGCUCUCCUCAUCCUGGUCCUUCUGAUAGUCUGCUUUAUCAAGAGGAACAAGGGAGGGAAAUACCCAGUGAAAGAGAAAGAGGAUGCACACCAAGACCCAGAGAUCCAGCCCAUGAAGGAAGAUGACGGGACGUUCGGGGAGUACAGUGACACAGAGGACCACAAGCCUCUGAAGGGCAGCCGGACGCCGUCCAACGGGACGGUACGUCGUGACGAGAGUGACGACAGCCUGGUGGACUAUGGCGAGGGCGGGGACGGCCAGUUCAACGAGGACGGUUCCUUCAUUGGCCAGUACAGCGGCAGGAAGGAGAAGGACACUCACGAAGGCAACGAGAGCUCCGAAGCGCCCUCGCCCGUCAACGCCAGCAACUCCUUCGUCUAGUCGUCGCCGCGGUGAUCACGGAGCCGCGAUGACCGUAUCCGUCACGAUGGUGACUGUCACCAUGGUCACAGUCACCUUGGUGACGCGCACCAUGGUGACUUUCACUAUUGUGAUCAUCGCCAUGGCCACCUGUCACCUCGGCGACUGCCAUGAUGGUGAAGCAUUGUUGCGGUGACUGUCACCUUGAUGACCGUCCCCUCGGUGACCGUCACCAUGGCGACCAUCACCGUGACCAACCGCCACCAAGGCUACUGUCACACCCCCAUCGCCCACGCUGUCCUGCCCGCUCCAGCCCCUCCCCCAUCGCACUGUGACCUUGCAUCCUCACACACACCCAUCACGCAAGCCCAUCUCUGUUCGACGAAGACAAGGAACGAGGAUGUAGACUGUCAGAGACAGAGAGAUGAAGAGAGAGAGAGGAGAGGAGGAAGCAAUAAGGAGAAUGAGGAGGAAUGUCCGUUCUACUGGAGCUGGAGGGACCUAUCAGACUGCUCCCCACACCUGGAGGGACCUAUCAGACUGCUCCCCACACCUGGAGGGACCUAUCAGACUGCUCCCCACACCUGGAGGGACCUAUCAGACUGCUCCCCACACCUGGAGGGACCUAUCAGACUGCUCCCCACACCUGGAGGGACCUAUCAGACUGCUCCCCACACCUGGAGGGACCUAUCAGACUGCUCCCCACACACCUCACGUGGACAUGUGUGUGUGUUUGUGCUGUUUUCUCUUUUGCAAACAUAUAUAGUACACAUGGAUAUAAUAGAAUAUAUAUUUUCUCAACAUACAUGACCCACCGGCAAUACAUAAACACCUGACAUACAUCCAUCAGCUUCUGGUAUAUUGCAUGGAAUAACAGAUGUUUUACCACUCAUUCUAACACACCUAUGGCUUCUCACCAGUGUCUGUUGAUGAACCGUCACAAUGACUGUCACCGCAGUGGUCAGCGGUGCUAACAACUGGUUAUGCCUUCUAGCGUUUUCCGUCUGUCGUCUGUGUUUUAUCCGUAUGGUUAAUGGUGAAAACUACAGCACCACCCAUGUCUUGGUGGAAGGUUGCCGUCAAACAUGUGGCUACAAUAAUAUUCGAUUCUAGUCUUUUUAUGGACAGGAGCUGUGAGUGUACAUACUGUAAUAUUCAAACUGGUCUACAGACAGCAGAUGGAGGACUAGCUCUCCACAUUGAGGCCGACAGCCCCUCUCCAAACCACCCCACAUCUUGACAGAGCUUAGAUCUGUUCCUGGUUGUCUGGGGGUUGUUUCUGGGUUGUUUUCUGGUUAUUUUCUGGCCUGUGUUUAUUUUUGUUUCGUUCUUUUUCCUCACCAGACACAUGCUCUUGUUGCUGUUGCACUGAACACCAUCCGAACUGAAAUCACACACGUUGGCUGUCUCAUACAACCCCUCAGAGCUGACCUAGAAUCAGCCGACUUAAACCAAACCUCAAAAACACAACCGUUAAGUUGGGUAUUUUCAAUCUGAUCCAAGAUCAGCAUCUGGAGGUAACCUCACCCUCCUCCGUACUCUCUGGUGAGGGAAUACCGGUCGAGGUUUUCCCCAGACAGCUGGUCCACCUUCACCUGACACCAUUCAAACAGCAUUUCAACUUCUGCCUUGUGUGCUGAGAAAGACAGAAGGAGAGAGACAGAGAUAGAGAGGGGGAGAGAGAGCAGUAGAUGUUAGAGAGAGAGAGGUAAACAUUUUGGUGCUAGUUUCAAGAGCUCUAAACGGUGUUAACGUUCAAGAACCCUUCAGCAUGGUUAAUAGUGCCUUCGUAGAGAACCGAAUUUUAUUGUUUUAGAGUUCUAGUGUUCUAGGUCUACUCCUGCAUUCUGCUCCAUCACCAGACCAAACCUGUCCGGUCCUAGCGCAGUUAUCGUGAGGCAUCAGUUUUCAUAGUCCACUUAGGCAACUGAUGGGCCACAGAGCAGAUAUGAGUCUAUUUACAUUACAGCAAUCAAGGCUCUCUCGACUGUCAUAACGUUCUAUGGCUGUCUAUAAAGGCUGAAACGUCAUCAUGCCUGUAUGAGGCCCAACUGGUUAUACAGUAUGUCGAUGGAGGACAUUCAUAAGGACCUCCCAUUAUAUCUUCAUGACAGGUGAACUAUAUAGUAUUUAUGAGGUAAACAUUUUUGUGAAGCAUCUACAUAGGCCUUAUAACUGCUUUACCGUCUAUAGGGUCUGAGGUUCCAAACAACAGCAGGUGAAGAAGAUCACGUUCAAUCAUGCCCCUCUUCUCCUGACAUCUACUCACUCACACACACACACAGGAGAAGCUGCAUACUGCAAACCAGCACCACUGAACUACUGCCAAUCUACUGACCGCCUGACUGCCAAUCAGAAUGGGACAUACUGGUAGCACUUAAAGCUGAGGCCAAUGGGGUUAGGGUAUAAUGGAAUGCUAAUGAAUGUGGAAACAAGUAGUUUUUAUCUUAUGAAUGAAAUGUUGCUUGUUUUGUUGCAGAGGCAAUGGUGGUGCAAACGUGCUGGUGACAUAUGUUUUUGCAUUUAACCUUAUAUACAUAUGUGUAUGUUGUCCCAUGUUUUUCUGUAAACAACCGGAAUUUCAAUGUGUACCCCUUAUCUAAUGAACGACUUGGUGUGUGCAAGUAUGUAUGUGUGUAUGUAUGAUGUAUUCUACUGCUUUCUAUCAACAUUAAUGACAGCCUAUACAUCGGUCUGCUACCCUGACCCUGCUCUGCUGUCUCUUGAGGAAAAGGAGGCAUUAACAAAUCCAGAUUUCCAUGGUUUGGUUUUUCAUAACUUGCAUCAAGUUUUUAGUUUCCAGUGUUUCUGCUUUUCGUGUGUAGAUAUUUUGUUGUCAUUUUGUAAAUAUUGCUUGAACUGACUGUAGAUGUUCUGGGUCAUAGGGGACAGAGUCCUGACCAUGACCCUGGCAGCCCGCUUCAUUGUGGGUGCUGGGGUGAUGAGGAGCUCUCUUACAGUUUUCACUAUUUUAUUUGCUGUGAUGUUUGAUUUUAUUGGCAUGGUCAGGGGAGCUUGCUAGCUGGCGGGGUUGAGGUGGGACUAUCCCAGCCCUACUGGCCCCCCCGGUUCACCUGGAUGGUGGCUGUCACCCACAGCCAACGCACCUUUCUGUAUUGAAAAAAAAACAAAAAACAAACAAGAAGUGACAUGCAGUUCACACUGACUGAAGUACAGACGGACUGACAGAAGGACAGGCACGGUGAAGAGGGUUUUACUUGGAAACAAUGUUGUAGUGACUGGUGAAUAUAGGAUAUAAUAUAUGAUAUGAUAUAGUAUGACAUUCUGGUUAAUGUUGGAGCUACUGGAGAAGCAUGACAGGCUGUCAAAUGGUUUACUCUAUGAUAUUGCAAAAUAUUUUGUAUUUUAAAUGAAAAAAUAAAUAAAUGUUGGUUUCAGGAUUUCA